AUGUGGAAUCAAGUACCGAGUUACAGGUUUGAGAUAGAUAACUGCUCGGAGAAGAAAGCUGUCUUUUUGUCUAAGACAUUCUCGAGCGGCGGAUAUGAAUGGUGUCUCAAAGUUGAUCCCAGGGGAGAUCGUAGUGCUGAUAAUCAGCUGUCUUGUUUCCUAUGCGUUGUAGAUAGUCAAUCAUUGCCAAGUGGAUGGAAAAAGAGUGCCAAAUUUUACUUCGUUGGUCUGAAUGGAUCCAACAAAGCGCUCUUCAGAUCACCAGGUGGUGUAGGUGUAGCAAGCAAUUUGUUUUGCGCUGAAACUCCAAGCUGGGGUUAUUUAAAACUCUUGCCUUCUAGCAAGUUUCAGGAAAGAGAGUUUUUGGAGAAGGACAGACUCAUCAUUGAAGUCUACAUUGAUGGAGAAGAAGAAGAAGACGUAUCCGAGAAGAAGAAGGCAACCAAUGUCAAUGGUUUUCUAAUUCUUGCUUCUCAAGUUACUUCCGCGAGGAAACUAUUCUUAGAGCACCCAGACAUUGCGGAAGAUUUCAAACCAAGGAACCAAGCUGUGAAGGCAGCAUACAUGAAAGUCCUUCUCAGCCUCAUUGAAAAACUUCAGAGGGCUCCAAAGAGUCUUUCAGAGACUAAACUGAGUCAGGCUCGCAGCGAGCUGAGUGAGCUUAAGGACGUUGGUUUUAAGCUGGAUUGGCUGGAGUUAGAGCUUGAGGAGAUUUCUUCGGAGAAGAAGAAAGCAGAUGCUGAUGAGUCUCGGAUCAAACAACUUGAGGAACGAGUCAAGAAUCUUGAGCUCGAUGAUGUUUCCGUGGAGUGGAAGAAAUCAGAUGAUGCUGCCAAAGAACUCGACGAACGGAUCAAGAAUUUUGAGCUGAUGGGAUUGGGAUUCCAGCUUGACUCUUUGAACACUAAGCUUGAUGAUGUUUCUGUGGAGUGGAAGAAAUCAGAAAAGGCUAUGGCCGUCCAGCUUGACUCUUUGAAUAGUAAGUUUGAUGAUGUUUCCAUGGAGAGGAAGAAAUCAGAAAAGGCUAAUGAGGCUAUGGCCUUGAAGCUUGAUUAUUUGAAUAGUAAGCUUGAUGAUGUUUAUGUGAAGAGGAAGAAUUCAGAAAAGCUUAAUGAGGCUAUGGCCUUGAAGCUUGACUCUUUGAAUAGUAAGCUUGAUGAUGUUUCCGUGGAGAGGAAGAAAUCAGAAAAGGCUAAUGAGGCUCUGGUCCAAGAACUCGACGAACGCAUCAAGAAUUUUGAGCUGAUGGGAUUGGGAUUGCAGCUUGACACUUUGAAAACAAAGCUUGAUGAGGUUUCCCUAGAGAGGAAGAAAUCAGAUGAAGCUGAUAAGUCUCGAGUCCAACAACUUGAGGACCAGACUGUUGAGCUGAUGGGAUUGGGAUUCCAGCUUGACUCUUUGAAAACAAAGCUUGAUGAGGUUCCCCGGGAGAUGAAGAAAUCACGUGAAGCCGAUAGGUCUCGAGUCCAACAACUUGAGGACCGACUCGAGAAUCUUGAGGUGAUGGAUUUGGGAUUUAAGAUGGACUGUUUAUAUGAAAAGCUUGAGGAGGCUUCCUUGGAGAGAAAGAAAUCAAGUGAUGCUGAACGGUCUCGAGUCAAACAACUCGAGGAACAUGUCAAGGAUUUGGGACUCAAGUUGAACUGUUUGAAUACAAAGUUUUAUGAGGUUUCUUUGGAGAAGAAGAAAUCUGAUGAUGUUGCUGGGUCGCGGGUCCAACAACUUGAGGAAAGCGUCAAGAAUUUUGAGUUGAUGGUGUCGUAUCUCAAAGAGGAAUUGGCCAAGAAGAAGGACAAGUCUUCUGAUGAUGAUGGAUUUUUGUUGGUUGAUUGA